CUGACUGUACCUACGUACUUACAAUCUACACGAGUAGCAUCAAAAUGAAUGAAUAGAAAUGAUUACGGUUCCUAUCUAUAAUGAUGAUUCUGAUCUACCUCUAGAUACGUUGAUUAAAUUGAGUGUUAUAUCUCUUAUAAUUAUAUACCUAUUAUUUACAAUACAAAUAAAGCGAACCGUCAGUAGUAUGUAGGCAACGUAUAUUAGAACACUUAUUAGUAGUAAAAUUUUGCAUUUAAUGUCGCGAUGGCCGAAACGACUGCUACUGAAAUAGAACCUUUUAAAGCACAAGCUCGAGAAAAAAAAUUAAACAAUGGUUUCAAAAAUACACUCAAAAACAUAACAGUUGAACCAACUGGUACAAUUUAUAUCACAGCUGCAGUGCUUGCGAUGAUCACCAACCAAACACUCCAGUUAGAAAAAGCUUGUCGUGUUAAUCUAAAUCUUGGAGAUGAAAUUUGCACUUCGCUCAGAAACCAAGACAUGAACAGCAGCCGCGUGUAUGAGAAACAAGUACAACAGUAUGUGGCCCAGAGGCUGGCGUUGAAAUACAUUCUAUACUCUUUACUACCGUGUACGAUUCUUCUAUUUGUUGGAGCAUGGAGCGACAAAACGGGAAGAAGGGUCAUUUUGAUGAGAGUACCCAUGUUUGCAGAUAUAAUGGCAACCGUAAGCACCAUACUGAAUGUCGUAUUCUUCUACGCGUUACCUGUAGAAGUUCAAAUCUUUGCGGACUGUCUUAUAAUUGGUCUCGGUGGUGGCUGGGCUUCGUUCUUUCUCGGAAUGUUCAGUUUCAUCGGAGACAUCACCUCAGAAGAAAACAGAACGCAUCGCUUGGGUUUUGUGCAAUAUUCCGCAUUCGUCGGAAUACCCAUAGGCUUGAGUCUGUCUGGGGUGAUUUUAAAAAGAUACGGUUAUUAUGCUGUAUACUUCACUUCACUAACCAUGCAGAUUUUGAAUACAAUCUAUUUUAUUAACAAAAUUAAAGAUCCAGAACGAACGGAGCAACAGAAAAAGCACGAUGGACGAGGUUUCUUCUACUUCCUUCGCCUCUUCUUCGACUUCACGAACAUCAAGGAGACGAUGCGCGUCGUGUUCAAGAACGGACCGAACAAUCGACGCAUGCGCAUCUGCAUCCUGCUGGGCACUGUGAGCAUCCUGUUUGGACCUAUGUAUGGUGAAAUAGCCGUAAUGUACAUGUCAACGAGGUACCGGUUCGGUUGGGAUGAGCUGCAGUUCAGCAUCUAUCAGACGUACAACUUUGUCACUCACACCAUUGGUACGGUGUUUUCUCUCAUCGUAUUCAGCAAGAUAUUGAAAUGGCAUGAUUCUAUGCUGGGCAUAAUUUCCACGACCAGCAAGGUCUUUGGCUCCUUUAUCUACUGUUUUGCGGCCACGGCGACGAUAUUCUACAUCGCUCCUUUGGUGGAAAUAUUGAAUGGAACGUCUCUUCUAGCGACGAGAUCCAUCAUGUCAAAACUAGUGGCUCCUGACGAAUUGGGUAAAGUGAACUCCAUAUUUGGGCUGACAGAGAACCUGAUGCCUUUGAUCUAUGUGCCACUAUACACCACCGUGUAUACCCGCACCAUGGAGGUACUGCCAGGCGCUGUGUUCCUCAUGGGUGCUUGCAUGUCCAUACCGGCGAUCGCUGUCUUCUCCUGGCUAUUAUAUGAACACAGAAAAGGAGUGCGUCGGAUAAAGAAAGAAGAAAAUGGGGUUACGGAGCCUCUUAAUGGUACCGUAGAAAUCCCUUUAAAUAAAGUUAAUAAUGGAGCUAGUUAGCUAAGUGCCAUAGGUAUAGAAUAAUAUUUUUGGAUUGAUAUUUGAAUGAAAGUACAUAAGUUUUAAUACGAAUAAAUAUUUAUGAAAAUAAAAA